AACACCUCAUCCGAAAGAACUGUAAAAUAACACAAACACAAACUAAUCCCAAUCCAAAUUCCUCAAAAAUAGGGAAACAAUAUCAACCGAAAUUAUAAAAUAAAUUAAAAUUUAAACCUUUUUUUUUCUCACACCAUUCUGAUGGAACCGGAUGACCUUGGUCUAGGCUCCUAUUAUCACCACCACCACCACCACCCGCAGUCGCAGCCCCAGCCCCAGCCCCCACCGCAACCACAACGCCACCCGCACCAGCAACCAUCACAACCUCCCACAACCAUCACCAAUGGAAUGCUACAAAACACCAACACCGAUCCCAGACCCUCUCAAAUACUCUAUGCUCACAAUUCUGCCCCCUCCGCCGUCUCGUCUCCCUUAGAGACCGCCGUCCGGAGGAAGAGAGGGAGACCCAGAAAGUAUGGAACGCCGGAGCAAGCCGCCGCUGCAAAGAGACUUUCCUCCUCGUCUUCUCCGUCCACCUCUGUUCCACCUUUGUCGCCGAGGAAAAAGGAAUUAUCUUUGGGUGUCGGCGGCUCCUCCGCUUCUACUUCUUUCAAGAAAUCUUCUCUCGGGAACACUGGGCAAGGUUUUACACCUCAUGUCAUUACAGUGACUGCUGGAGAGGAUAUUGGCCAGAAAAUUAUGUCGUUUAUGCAACAAAGCAAGCUAGAGAUGUGUGUCCUCUCAGCAUCUGGUUCGAUUUCUAAUGCAUCUUUAAGCCAGCCAGCCACAUCCGGGGGAAAUAUUGCUUAUGAGGGCCGUUUCGAGAUCCUAUCACUUUGUGGAUCAUAUGUACGCACUGAUUUUGGUGGUAGCACCGGUGGAUUAAGUGUGUGUUUAUCUAGUCAAGACGGGCAUAUUAUAGGCGGCAGCAUCGAUGGGCCGCUCAUAGCCGCAGGCCCGGUGCAGGUAAUUGUUGGCACCUUUGCCAUUGAGGGUAAGAAAGAAGCUACUACAAUCAUAAAAGGUGAUGCUUCUACCAAGUUGCCACCACAUAAUAUCGGGCCGCCACCGGUUCCGAACCUUGGCUUCCUAUCGCCGCCAGAGUCUUCCGGAAGAAACGUGGUGGUUGGUGGCGGCGAUGAGCAGCAAAGUAUUGAUGGGUACCAGUUCAUGAUUGCCAAUAGGAGUUUGCCUGUAGGUGAUUGGAGGAAUAACAAUGAUUCAAGGAACACUGGUGGUUAUGAUUUCUCAGGAAGGGUAAACCAUGGGGCGCAUCAAUCUCCAAAGAAUGGAGAUUAUGAUCGGUUCCAAGACUGAAGCUUUUGGGGGAGUAUGGUUAGGGUUUAACCGGUUCUGGUUGGAAGUUGUACAGUUAACCCAAAAACAUACUUGUUGAAUAUGUUUUGAUGUGUACUUGUAGCAGUUUAGCAUAUGCUUUACUUGAACUUGUUUUGUUUUGUUUUGUUGGAUUAACUAAUGUACCUAAAUCAUGUUUAAAAUAUGCAUUUUUUUUUUCUUCCUAUUUCUUCUUUCUUAUUUGUAAGUUGACAUCUAAUUUCACAUUGAUUUUGGUAUUUAUUAUUUUUGAAGCAAUUAACA